AUCGAAUCAUUAAUAUUUGAUAAUUAAACGACACAAGUAAUACACUACUACUGAAGCGGUAAGUGCAUUAAGUUUAUUCCGCUCUUACAAGAAUCCAAGAAAGUCUCCUCCCCUCCCAGAAUUCCAAGAAACCUCCUCCUUCGUUACUUGACUUCUUCCUUAAUCAACAAAAGAUUUUUUUUGGUUAUUUCCGGUAAGUACUCAGUCCACAGUAUAUAUCUGGUCUAUAAUAUCUUCUUCAAUUUCCAGACACACAGACACCUAGUAAUAUUGUGAUAUAGGCUAUUGUUAAGAUGGCUUCUUCAACGCUUUUGCUGUUGGUGGUGUUUAUUAUUGAUUUGAUAGCUUUUGCACUUGCUGUUGCUGCUGAGCAAAGAAGGGCUUCUGCAACAACUACCACGGAUGCUACUUCAAACUAUUGCGUCUAUGAAUCAGAUGUUGCGACUGGCUUGGGUGUGGGGUCACUGCUGUGCCUUCUGGCAAGUCAACUACUUGUGAUGUUUGCAAGUCGAUGCUUGUGUUGUGGCAGGGCACUACGGCCUGGCCGUCCAAGGACCUGGGCAAUUGUCCUAUUUAUAACCUGCUGGUUGACCUUUUUUAUUGCUGAAGUGUGCUUGCUAGCUGGUUCUGUGAAAAAUGCCUACCAUACCAAAUACAGAACUAUUCUAUCUCAGAACCCUCCUUCCUGCGAGACAUUGAGGAAGGGGGUCUUUGGGGCUGCGGCUGCAUUGAUUGUUUUCACUGGCGUACUCUCUGAGCUCUACUACGUGAGUUAUUCAAGGGCUGAUGAUGGAUACCUCCCUAAUGUUAGGGAUGCUGGCAUAAGGAUGGGGGCCUUAUAACAAGAGACCACCAACAUUACUAGAGAUAAUUUUAUUAGAAAACUGAAGUACGAUGGAUGGUGCUUUAAUGUUCUAGGAUUUGUUGGGUUCUCAUCUGUAAAUUGUGGUGCUAUUCUGAAAUGGAGGUGCGUAUAUGUACGAAAACAGUUGCCCCUCCUGUUCCUUCUAACCUCUCUAAUGUCUUGUUCUGCCACAGUUCCACAUGUUUGCCUUUUUCUUCUUGUCCUUUCUUUUAUUUUCUCUAUAUAAUUCUUGGUGGAGCGGUACAGACGUUGCUCCUCCGGCAUC